AUGAGUAGAGUAUUAAUUUUAUUAAUAAUUGGAUUAGUUUGUCUAUCAUCACUAGCAAAUGCAGGUAUAAUUUUCUCAAAGAUAACAGGUGGUACAAAAGUUAGUGUAUUCAUCAAUGUUCCAUCGGCAACUGCAGCGUCUCGUAGAGGAACAUAUGCAUUCAGAGAUGAAUAUAAUCGUCAUAUGCUUCAACAGUUUUCCACUAACUUUGACAAUAUAUUUGCAAAAUUCAAAAUUGCCGCACCAUUCCAAUUCAAAAUCGAUCCAAGCUCUGAAUAUUUCUUGGUGAUCAAUGGUGAUGAAGGAAACAAAUCAGCCAAAUGGGAGUUGGGUGAGGAGAAUGGUAAUCAAGAUAUGCUCUGGGCGGAAUCACUCUUUGAGAAUCCAAAUCUCGCUAGAAUUCUAAAUCCCUCAAAAGAUUUAGUAAACGUUUCAAAUUAUUAA